AUUGUUGAAUUCAGGGGCAUGGAAUCCCAGAUCAUCAAAACUUCUUUUUCGUCCUUCAACGGAAACCGCCGUUUCUCCUCCGUAGCAUCGUCACGGAGACCGUUGUCAACGGUCGUUUUUCCUCAGACGACGAGAAGAACAAGAAUCGCGUCUUGUGUUUUAUCAAUGUCGAAGAAAGACGAUGGCUUCACUUACAAAGAUUCCGGUGUGGAUAUCGAUGCUGGGACUGAGCUCAUUACAAGAAUCUCAAAGAUGGCUCCCAUGAUCGGCGGAUUCAGUGGUGGCAUUCCAAUAGGUGAUACAUUAGUCGUAUUAGGUAUGGAUGGUGUAGGGACUAAACUUAAGUUGGCAUUUGAGACCGGAAUUCAUGAAACCAUUGGAAUCGACUUGGUCGCAAUGAGUGUGAAUGAUAUUGUUACUUGUGGUGCGAAGCCUCUGGGAUUCCUUGAUUACUAUGGUACUAGUGAUCUCGAUGUAGACCUUGCAGAAAAGGUCAUUAAAGGGAUUGUUGAUGGUUGUAAGCAAUCCGGUUGUACCUAUGGACUCAUAGGAGGAGAGACUGCAGAGAUGCCUGGCUUUUAUGCUAAAGGCGAGUACGAUCUCGUUGGGGUUGCGAUAGGCCAAGUGAAUAAAGAUUCUGUUAUAGACGGGAAAAGCACUGUGGCUGGUGAUGUUCUUAUCGGUCUUCCUUCUAGUGGCCUUCAUUCAAAUGGCUACUCUUUGGCAAGAAUGGUAGUGGCUCAAAGCGCUCUUUCGCUGAAAGAUGAACUUCCUGGUGGAUCAGUUUCCCUUGGUGAAGCUCUAAUGGCACCUACUGUCAUUUAUGUGAAACAGUUACUUGAGUUUAUCAACAAAGGAGGAGUGAAAGGGCUAGCUCAUAUAACGGGAGGAGGUUUCACCGACAACAUCCCCCGAGUCUUACCGGAUGGUUUGGGUGCUGUUAUUGACACUGGUGCUUGGGAACUUCCACCUUUGUUCAAAUUUAUCCAAGAGUGUGGGAGUAUAGAAGACAGUGAGAUGAGAAGGACGUUUAAUAUGGGAAUUGGGAUGGUUAUGGUUGUGAGUCCCGAAGCUGCUUCGAGGAUACUUGCAGAAGUUGAGAAUGGCGACUAUGUUGCAUAUCGCAUUGGACAGGUUAUUGAAGGUGAAGGCGUUACCUACCAUUAA